AUGGUCGGACCUGCUCUCCAGUACAGCGUAAACAACCAAUCAAUGACAUGGAUGGAUGCACGUGACCACUGCAACGAAACUGGCGGGAAGCUGGCUAAAAUUCGCGACGAUUCCGGAAUGCGUGCAUUACAAAUAUUUUUGAAAGACCACGAGGUGGAUCUAUGGGUGGGUAGCUCAGAUAUCGACAAUGAAGGGACAUUGGUUUAUACUGACGAUUCUGAAAUGUGUUAUGAUCUUAACUUAGUUGACAAUAAUUCGGAGGAAAACGACUGUGUAUUUCUAAGGACUGAGAAUUCCACCACAUGGCACGUAGGAAACUGUAGCGACACAAACUAUUUUAUUUGUGAAUAUAGUAUAACAGAUGCUGCAGAGGAAGCAGAACACAACAUUGGUCCGCGAAUUCAAUUCGACAUAGUGAGCAAAAAGAUGAAUGGUGCAAGUGCGAGGGAGUAUUGUAAAAUCAAAAAGGGAUGGCUGGCUCCAAUACCAGACCAAGAGAUGCAAGAUUUAUUGGUUAACUACAUUAUAGACAAUAACAUACCCGGUAGCUUUCACAUUAAAAAAGAACACACGAAAUCACGUGACUGCUAUGCAAAUUUUGCAAAGAAUGCCGGCAAAGGAAAAUAUUGGAUUUUAAGUAAAUCACAUGACUACAAAUGGAGACAAGUUGGUAGUAAAUCAAAGAGUUUUUUCAUCUGCCAUUAUUUUUUCACUGAUCAAAAUGUAUUCUUUAGUAAAGAGAGUGGCACUGCUGCUGGUGAAGAGGAAGGUGACACUGCUGCUGGUGAAGGGGAGGGUGGCACAGCUGCUGGCGAGGAAGGUGACACUACCGCUGGUGAAGAGGAGGGUGGUACUGCUACUGGUGAAGAGGAAGGUGGUACUGCUGCUAGUGAAGAAGGUGACACUGCUACUGGUGAACAGGAAGGUGGUACUGCUGCUGGUGAAGAAGAAGGUGGCACUGCUGCUGGUGAAGAGGAAGGUGACACUGCUGCUGGUGAAGGGGAGGGUGGCACUGCUGCUGGCGAGGAAGGUGGCACUACCGCUGGUGAAGAGGAGGGUGGUACUGCUACUGGUGAAGAGGAAGGUGGUACUGCUGCUAGUGAAGAAGAAGGUGACACUGCUACUGGUGAAGAGGAAGGUGGUACUGCUGCUGGUGAAGAAGAAGGUGGCACUGCUGCUGGCGAGGAAGGUGGCACUACUGCUGGUGAAGAGGAGGGUGGUACUGCUACUGGUGAAGAGGAAGGUGGUACUGCUGCUGGUGAAGAAGAAGGUGACACUGCUACUGGUGAAGAGGAAGGUGGUAGUGCUGCUGGUGAAGAAGAAGGUGGCACUGAUGUUGGUGAAGAGAAAGGUGGCACUACCGCUGGUGAAGAGGAGGGUGGCACUGCUACUGGUGAAGAGGAAGGUGGUACUGCUGCUGGUGAAGAAGAAGGUGACACUGCUACUGGUGAAGAGGAAGGUGGUAGUGCUGGUGGUGAAGAAGAAGGUGGUACUGCUGCUGGUGGUGGUGACGAAGAAGGUGGCACUGCUGCUGGUGAAGAGGAGGGUGGCACUGCUGCUGGUGAAGAGGAGGGUGGCACUGCUGCUGAUGAAGAGGAGGGUGGCACUGGUGUUGGUGAAGAGGAAGGUGGCACUGCUGCUGGCGAGGAAGGUGGCACUACUGCAGGCGAAGAGGAGGGUGGUACUGCUACUGGUGAAGAGGAAGGUGGUACUGCUGCUGGUGAAGAAGAAGGUGGCACUGCUGCUGGUGAAGAGGAAGGUGACACUGCUGCUGGUGAAGGGGAAGGUGGCACUGCUGCUGGCGAGGAAGGUGGCACUACUGCUGGUGAAGAGGAGGGUGGUACUGCUACUGGUGAAGAGGAAGGUGGUACUGCUGCUGGUGAAGAAGAAGGUGACACUGCUACUGGUGAAGAGGAAGGUGGUACUGCUGCUGGUGAAGAAGAAGGUGGCACUGAUGUUGGUGAAGAGAAAGGUGGCACUACCGCUGGUGAAGAGGAAGGUGGUACUGCUACUGGUGAAGAGGAAGGUGGUACUGCUGCUGGUGAAGAAGAAGGUGACACUGCUACUGGUGAAGAGGAAGGUGGUACUGCUGCUGGUGAAGAAGAAGGUGGCACUGAUGUUGGUGAAGAGAAAGGUGGCACUACCGCUGGUAAAGUAGAGAGUGACACUGAUGCUGGUGAAGAAGAGGGUGGCACUACUGCGGUUGAAGAAGAGUAUGACACUACUGCUGGAGAAGAAGAGGGUGGAACUGCUGGUGGUGAAGAGGAGGGUGGCAUUGCUGCCGGUGAAGAGGAGGGUGGCACUCCUGCUGGUGAAGAGGAGGGUGGCACUGCUGCUAGUGAAGUGGAAGGUAACACUGGUGAAGAGGAGGAUGACACUGCUGCUGGUGAAGAGGAGGGUGGCACUGCUGCUGGUGAAGAGGAGGGUGACACUGCUGCUGGUGAAGAAGAGGGUGGCACUGCUGCUGAGGAGGGUGGCACUGCUGCUGGUGAAGAAGAGGAUGGCACUGCUGCUGAAGUUGAAGGUGGCACUGCUGCUGGUGGAGAGGAGGCUGGCAGUGCUGCUGGUGAAGAAGAGGGUGGCACUGCUGCUGGUGAAGAGGAGAGUGGCACUGCUGCUGGUGAAGAAGAGGGUGGUACUGCUGAUGAUGAAGAGGAAGGUGGCACUGCUGCUGGUGGAGAGGAAGGUGACACUGCUGCUGGUGAAGAGGAGGGUGGCACUGCUGCUGGUGAAGAAGAGGAUGGCACUGCUGCUGAAGUUGAAGGUGGCACUGCUGCUGGUGGAGAGGAGGCUGGCAGUGCUGCUGGUGAAGAAGAGGGUGGCACUGCUGCUGGUGAAGAAGAGGGUGGCACUGCUGCUGGUGAAGAAGAGGGUGGUACUGCUGCUGAUGAAGAGGAAGGUGGCACUGCUGCUGGUGGAGAGGAAGGUGACACUGCUGUUGGUGGAGAGGAGGCUGGCACUGCUGCUGGUGAAGUAGAGGUCGGCACUGCCGCUGGUGAAGAGGAGGUUGACACUGCUACUGGUGAAGUGGAGGGUAGCACUGCUGCCAUUGAAGAGGAGGGUGGCACUGCCGCUGGUGAAGAGGAGGGUGACACUGCUGCUGGUGAAGGAGAUGAUGGCAUUUCUGGAGAUGUGGAAGAGAGCACCACUGUCAUUGGUGUUCAGGAAGAUGACACUGACGUCAAUGAUGAACAUUAUGACGAAGUGUGCUUCAACCAAGGCAUUCUGAACUUUUGGUGUGAGGGUGAAGCUAAAUGUGUGCCGAUCUGGAAUGUAUGUGAUGGUAUACCGCACUGUUGGGAAGGAUUGGAUGAGAAAAACUGUCCACAAUUUGAACCGAGAGCUUGUGAGACAAGUUACGAGUACUGUGAAUACGCCCCUGAUGGACAUCCAUACCAAUGUACGUGUGAAAAACAAAGCAUGUCGACAUGCACCAGAUGUAAACAUGGUCCGGAGCAAGAAAUAGAAAAAACGGAGACCAAACAUGGUAAAACUGUAGUAUUCCGAUCUGUUUACGUGAACCCAACAGACGAAAAUAAUUGCUGUGGUGACUUAGAAUAUUAGCAUCUAUCUACUAUCUAUAGUUAUGAGGAAGGCGCUAAUACAAAUAUUGGUGGUAGUUGUUCCGAUUUAUAGCUACUCUUGUUACAAAUAUAUUUUCGCAGUAGCACAUGUUAAUAAUUGUACUAUUAUUUUAAUUCUAAAUAAAAUACGUGACUUAGCAUACUCUA